GAACCAGUUUUAUCUUAAAAAAUACUCUUUAAGUAUAUAUCGGAAAAUUUAUUCGAGAAAUGAAUAUUAUUGUUCCUCUUCAUAGUGAUCCUAGGCGCCCUUACUAUUGAUUCAUGGCUGUGGAUUGUUUACGUCGAUCCUUAUUGUCAUUCAACCGCUGGAUAUCGCCUUGGUCGUAAAUGCAUAGUAUUUUUAUUACGCUGAAAAAUUCCUUUCCUAAUAAUUUGUAAUAUUUAUUUUAGUAUUUCUGAAUACUGUUAUUUCCUCUAAAAUUUACUUUUACAAUUCCUCCCAGCUAUAAAACGGUACGUGUUUGAUCAAGAAUAAUUUUUAAUAAUGGAUUGCGAAGUUGUUUAUAUGGUCGCGUAAUCAGUCUUCGGGUACAUCUUGUUGUUAAUUAUUCGAAUUAAGAAUUCAUUUGCGGUGCAAUUUGCUUAAGUAGCUCUAUUCCUAUGUGUCUAUUUAAAGGAAUCCUAUAUUUUUUCUAAAACCAAAAUAUGUUAUAAUAUAUUCACGUUUUUAAUGAAACUUCGUUGUAUAUGAAAUACAUUAGGGUUUAAAAGUAAUUCCUCAGUGUGCUAAGUCUCUACACAUAAGUUGCAUGAAAAUUUCUUGGGAGAAAUUGCAGUGUAGAAAAAUGCAAUAUGAUUCUAGAAUUCCGGAUAAGAUUGUCAUAGAUGUUACUAAGUUGUUAUUGUGUCAAAAGAAGAAUCCUAAGUAUAGUUUGCAGAACAAAAAAAUGAAGCUAAUUUUGCAAUUUUACUGCAUGUGAUAAUUAUUUUAUAGAUAGCACCAACAACUUUUAAAUGGUGCUGUCUAAUGUAGGAUAGUUAUGAAUCCCUGUCAGAACUUCAGCAUUCCAAAUCAGUUUUGGAUACCUUAGCGUGAAGCUAAAAAUAGUUUAUUCAUGCAGCUUUAUAAGUAUACGGAAAUCCGUUUUAACAAGUGAAGCAAAAGUCUGAUUUUCAAAACUUAAUUUAGGCAAAUUUUUUAUUGCCUAUAAAAAGUACUUCAAAAUUCAGUUAUUUAUUUAAAAAUGGGAAGCUGUGUUUCGCGGUGUUCUCGUCAAGAUGUUGUUCAUCAACAAACUGGAAGUAUUGUUUUAGAUGCUCAGAAAUCUAUUGAAGUUAAUCAGGGUUCAUCACGCCUUCACAAGAGUCUUAUAGAUGUAAAUGUUGAAUGUGAGCUACCUGAAUCUAGGGCAGUUACAGAACAAAUUAAUGCAGAAAUUAGAGCAUUGCGUGAGCAGUUGGUACGAAGUCAAGUUUUAUUUACAUAUUUGUUAAAAGAUGGAAGUUCAGAACAUACGCCAAAAAGCUCUGAUGGUAAAAAUGAACUUCGUACUUUAUUGGAAGAAGAGAAUUUGGGGGAUGCAAUGUUCCAGUGUAAAAGUUUUGAUGGACAAGUUCCUGCUCGUUUGUAUAAUCGUUCCAAUAGAAGCAGUAGCUCAUAUGCAAGUCGCAGAUCGACACCAAUGCAUUGUGGAUAUACUUCACUUUCUUGUCCAACCCUUCCAGUUGAAUCUCCUGUUGUCACAAAAUCAACUCAGACUGAGCCAUUGUCUGGUGUUUCAUUUUAUAUUGGCCAUGAUGACAUUAGUACUUUUCCAAGUGAAUUAAAUCAUUCUUCAAGCAAAGGAGCAUCUUUAAUGUUUUCUCCUGUAUCAUCUCCUUGUGGAUUUAUUUCAGAUAUCUGUGAAGUUCAUAGAGACCCUGAUGACCAUUCUUAUCCUCGUCAUCGGACAAAUAGCUUUUUAAGGGCUGUUAAAGAUGGAAACCCAAAGUUAAUAGAUGCUACUGAAAGCAAUGAAAAUACAGUUCAAGAAACUUGUCUUGAAGAAAAAGCGAAAGAUAUCAAGCUGCAAAGUUAUACACUUGAAAACAUUGAGGAAUGCACAAAUAGUGAAGAAAACAAAGAAUGCAUCUUUCCUCGAAAACUGUCCAUUCUGUUGGAAGAAGACUGUGAAGAUGCAUCUGGAAAUUACUUUUCUGUUUGUAGCUCUCAGCCACUUUUGAACAGAAAAAGAAAAACUUCUGAUUCAUGUAAUGUAAAAACUCAAACUGAUUUGUCUUUUACCAUUGAUUCCAUUUCUACACAUUCUAAACAAUAUUCUACUAAGAAACAGUGUGAUAACAUACCUGUUUCUGAAUUUGGCCUUCCAAAAUGUGGUUAUACUCUUGUAACACAAGCAGUGCAAAAAAGAACUGUUUACUCAGAGGAACUGCCUCGAAAACUUGUGCUAAGGUAUCCACCUCCAUAUACAAAGAAAGGAUCUCGGCCAAGUAGCUAUUUGUCAUUUGGUAAUAAUUAUUUCAGGGAACUUGCUGUGAAACCUAAAACUCAUAUUUACAAAUGGCCAACAGUAGCUGAAUCACUUCCAAGUAAAAGUGAAUGUCCACAUAAAAUGAAUCCUAAAUCUCAAACUGAUUCCAGUCUUCAAACUAGACAUCUUUCUUUAGAAAAACAAGAGUCAGUUUCUUCUUAUGAUCACAGUCUAUACCCUGAUAGCCGAUUAUCUUCAGUGACAGAUUGCUCAGGCUGGAUGACAAAGUCAGAUGUUGAACUUAAUCUAAGACCUGAACCUCCAAGCUACCAACAAUCAGUAUUAGUUUCUCAUCGGAAUCAAUCUGCCCAAAAUAGGUUAAAGAAUGCUGGAGAGGAGAAAAAAGAUCUGGAAAGAAGUUCGAUUCCUGCCCUAAAUAUUGAUAGGACUAAAAAUGACAGCGAGUCACGGAUGGCUGAUGAUAAAAAUGGAAGUAAAGAAAAUUUUAAAAUUUCGCAACGAAGUAUGCGAAGAGGUUCUGGUGCAGGCUCACCAAAUUCUCAGUUAAGUAUCCCUCGGUACCCUGCAUUCGAUUUUGAUGAGCAGGAAGAUGUGCACUCCUUUCUUCCAUCACCAUCUGAGCCUGAAGCAAAUCAUAAUCUAAAGGCUGAGAAUCUUCAAGGCAAGAAAGGAGCUGAAACUGCUAGAGAUAAUGAUUCAAGUCACAGCUCACAUUUGAAAGAGACUAGUCAAAAGAAACAAGAUGCAAGUAAAUCAAAGACUUUAAUGCCUGAAAUAAUGGAAAAUUCAGAAACUGAGUCUGCUAAAGGUAGUUUUGAAUAUGAAGCACCUGAUUUACCUCUGUCCGUGGAUGUUCCUUUUGUUUCUGUGUCUGAUGUAGCAUUUCCAAGCUUGCCAAACACAUUUUUAGCUAAGCUAGGCGUCCAUAAAGAUAGUCCCUUAUCGGUUGAAGCAUUUGAUGAGCAAGAACUUGAAAGUAAGUUUAUUGCACUGUCCCUGGCUUUCAAAACUGAUCGUACAACUCUGAAUAAAAGAAUUGAUGUAAAUAAACGUCAACGAGAUAUAGCUGAGAAAAAUGUAGAAAAUGAAUUUCAGGCUAUGCGAGAUCAUUUAAAUACACUUAAUCUUAAAGCUACUAGUCCUGAUGUUAGAGAUCUGAUUUCAAAAAUUCAGAAUCAUAUUGAUAUUGCUCAGCAAGCAACAGCUAGAAUGUCAAGUCGUUCUGAAACCUAUGGUUCUGUUCAGCAGGAGGAACGUGUUAGCCGUGCUUUUGAAGUUUUGGUGUUAUAUGUUGAUCAUCUGAAGCGUUUGUUUGAUAAAGAGCACAAAGAGCUAGAAGAAACAAGGCGCUUGCUGACAGACACUAAAAUGUUCAAGAAAGAUGUUUCAGCAGAUAGCGUUUCUGACAAUCAAAAGAAAUGUGUAAGGACAUUUGGUUUACCAGCUGGCUCUAUCAAAUCGGAUACAUAUCAAAAAAUGCUGUGCCCAUUUCCAACAACUAGUUGUGUAGGUCUGAGUAGCAGUAGCCUGCCUACUUCACCAGUUACCUCUGUACCCCAUUCUAGAAUAGGCACUGCAGGAACAAGUGCCAGUUGUUGCUCCUUACCUGCUGCCAGUCCUAUGCGUCCAGAUAAUAUGUUGCAGAGUCCCGAAGCAACAUAUACUGUUUCAACUCGAGAAAUAUUUCAAUACCAUUUCUAUGCUGAUAAACACCCUAAAAAGGGGAAGGACCAAAAUAUAGCUGCUAAUGUUGAGGCUGAAGCAAAAUCUAAUGCUGUGGAUCAAGAGAGUGUCUCUGAUGAUAGUGCCCUUCACAAUAUUCGGAGCUCUGUCAGCAAAUGGUUCCACAUCCAAAAAUUGCAUCGAAUUUGCCAUGCAAACAGAAGAACUCUAAUGCAGUAUUUUGCCACUGCAUUAGUAAUCUGUAUUGCUCUUUACUUUUCCUUUUUUUUAUAAUUCAUUACAUUCAGUUUACUGUAUAAUAAUCAUUUGGUUGUGAAAUUCCAUAUAAAAUUAAAAGCGUAUCAUUAGAUAUAUUGAAGCCAUAUUUUGAGUUUGUAAGCAAAAUGUGUGAAGGUCUUCACUUAAAACCUGUGAUUAUAUAUCAUUAUGGACUGCCAUGGGUGAAAACAUUCCAUUGCAAAUAACUUUUUUAUAUUCUAAACAAAUAAGCAUAUUCUUUUGCUAUGAUAUUCAUGUUUAGUAAUGCAUAGUAUUUACUUGGAUUUUAUUUGUUGAUUGUCAGAGUGACUAUUCUUAAUUUACAUGUUGUGAGAGAUUUUAUAUUUUUUGCCUGGGCAGCAACAUAUCAUAUUUACUUUGCAAAUUCAUGAAGUGUGAAAAUAUUUUUUACCAUUAGAAGUUUUUUCUAACCUUCUGAAGUGGUAUGAUUGCCUUUAUCUGGUCAUAAGAUUUUUGUCACUUGGCACUAUUACCUUAUAAUUUAAGAUUUUUUGCAUUCUUACUUUCUUUAAUAAUGUAAAUGUCAUCUUAUCAAAUUUAAGUUGAUGAAAAUAGAGACUAAAAUAAGUAAUUAUACAAAUUUAACUGAUAAAUGCUGUUUAAAGGCAGGUCGUCAUGAUGGAUAUAAAAUCCUGAGCUGCUUAGAGUGUUAAAUGUAUGCUAAGGAAAUAGCAUUAUUUUAGUUAAAUGUUUUAAAUAUUGUUAUACUUAAAAGUUAAUUUACUUCAUAUCUCUUUUUUAUAUCGUUCAAUAAAUUCACUUGCUUUUAGUAUUCGGUUAACUGAAAUGCAGAAUAGUUUGCAUAUUUUUGUCUAUUUAUUUAUUAAUUAGAGUGAAGUUAAAUGACUCGGAAUUAAUUUCUUUGUGUUAAUGGAUUCCACCAUGAUUGAAAAUUGUAAUUGUUUGCUAUAACUCUUCGUUACUUCUUAAGGAAGAAGUGAAAUUGUAGAAGUUGUUUUCACUGUUCUAAUUUUUUUCAAUAAAGCAAUAAUCUGUGAAGUUGACUAUUAGAAGAUUUUGUGUAGAUUUCACUUUUCUUUCCAUGCAAAAAUAUUCAAAUUCCAGAUUAAUUGCUACCUUUCAAGAACUGUUAAAAAUUGCAGAAAAAUAACAAUAAAAAAUGCUGUAAUAACAUAUUAUAGGGGUAUUGUUUUAUAAUAGUUUAUUGGUACAUUGGAAUCAGGGGUAUUGUUUUAUAAUAACUGUAAUAUGGAAAAUAUUUUAUCCUGUUGUCACCUGUAAAAUUGUUGUCUAAUUCUUAAAUUCAAGAUGUAUUCGAAAUUAGAGCAUACCAUAUUCUUGCACACGGCUGUUAAGAAAAAAAUAAUGAUAAAUCCAUUUUGUAUGAGAAAAUCAAAUUAGAUGUUAUUCUCUUAUAUCUAGAAUGAAGUAAUGUUAAAUAUCCCUUACAAUGAAAAGCAGUUAUUUUCUUUUAAAUAUGCUUUAACAUUUGUGUUAUGUAAAUUGUCAUCUUUCUAUUAAGAUUCUCCUCUUUUAUUUUACUGUGCCAACUGUAUAUUAAUCUUCAACCAAACAAUAUUUACCUUAGUUUAUUACUUAGUCUCUUUCAGCUGAAUGUAUUUCAUUGUAUUGAUCAAUUCCACAAUACAUACCAUAUACUUUUAUACAUGAUUAUUAUUAGACAUACUUGCUUCAAACUAAGUUUAUGGCACUAAAGUAUUUUAAUUUCAUGCAGUGAAGCAAAAACUGAUUUUAUGAUAACUAGUACCAAUAUUCAUACUUUUUUAAAUUUGACUCAACAAAAAUUGUUGAGCAUACAUAUUUUUAAGCAUUCUAUAAUUUGCAAAUGAAGAUAUUCAAAUAGUACUUAGGGCAUAUUGGACCAAAUAUGGAUAAAAAAAGCAUGAAGGGGAGGUCUGUUUAAUAUACAUGAACUUUUUUUUAGUCAGUUACGUAUAUUCAUCAGCGGUGUUUUUAAACUUUAACUUUCUUCUUGAUUAAGUUUGUUCUUUGUUUUCUGUUAUCCAAAUUCAUUUUUCUCAUCUCAUUGAUGUCACAUAAUUUUUAGAGUAAUAAACUUUAUUUUGUUAUAUCAUGUAGUGUAUAUAAAAGCUUUAAUCUUAGCUAUGUUUAAUUUUUCUAGAAAAUAAAAUAAAGGCUCAUUAUAUGUAAUUUCAUAUGGCUAUGGUUACGUUAAUGGCACUUUUUGAUAAACUCAACUAAUUUUUAAUAUCUUAUUAAACAUAUUACUUUCUGCUUCUUAUGCAUCUUGAUACAAAGUGCUGAAAAACUAUUUGAAUGUUUUCAUUAUCUUGUUACAUCUCAUAAAAUGAGGUAUGUAAUGCAGAUUCAGCUUGAACGUAAGUUUUAAUGUGUUACCAUUUCAUGGUAUUUCGUGCUUUCACUGUGUCAUAACUUUUAUUAUAUGCACAUAUUAUCCUCAAAAAUUUCAUCUGUCCCAUUUGUUUAAUGUCAUGAUCAAUGGUCACAAAAUCAUGUAAGCAAUAGAAUUGUUAAAAUUGUAAUAUCAUCAACAUAAAUCUGGACAGAAGAUAAAAUAUUCUUUGUAACCAUUCUGAUGACAGUAGUAGAUAGUAUUUCUUAGAUCAGUGGUCUCAAAUUAAAAUUGUAUGCUGGCGGAAUGCACAGUCUAUAACAGGCUGCUACCUUUUUUUUUUUUCCUAUCUAAAUUCCAAAUUUUGGUGCUUGCAAGGGAUUUCUUUUGGUUACACUAUGCAGCUCAAAUGCAUUGACAGAUUAUGUUAAAUUUUCAAACUGAUGUUUAUUUCAUAUAAUUCUUUAAUAUAUUGAAAUAACCAGUAAAUAACUUAAGCUAAAAUAAAUUUUAUGAACGCUUUCCAGAUAUUCAAAGAAAACUUUCAAAAUGUGUUAACAUGAAAAUAAAUAAUGGCAACCUUCUUUUUUUUUUUUUUUUAUUAGAUUUUCUUCAACGCAUGCUGAAUAAAAUAGGUUUAUUUGUAUAUAAAUUAUUAUAGACUUCUUAAUUUCUUACUACAACUUGACACCUGAUAGCAUUUCAAUUCUGAUAAAAUUUGUAGCCUUGGAAGGAAAUAACUAGAAACUGUGUUAAUUGUGGAUUGUAGAUGCUCAUUCGUCAAUCAGGUUCUUAAUAUUCAGAUGCAAAAAUCUGUCCACAUACAAAUGUACUCCCAAACCAAAUGAUAGUUCUUACUGCAAAAAUUCAUGACUAAGGGCUUUAUCUUUUGACAAAUCUGAAAAAGGUUAAUUAAAUCUGUGUAUCUUCUAAUUUUUAAAUAAGAUUUGUGUCUCACUGGUAAAUUAAUUAACACCAUUUGUAGGUUUUAAUGAUAAUGAAAAUAAUGUACAAAUGGACUACAAAUCAUUAAAAUCAAUAUAUCAUCCUUCAAAUUUUUCUCAUGAUAAUGCUAUUUUUCUUGCAUAUUUUUGAGAUUUUUCAUUUGAAAUAUCAAGGUAAGAUUUAAGAUGUAGGAAAUGCAUAAAAUAUUUUGAUUAAUGUUGUAUUCCCUGUAAUUGCGUUUUAACUUUAAAAGUUAUAAUGCAAGCAUAAAUAUCAGUGAUAAGUUUAUUCUUUCCUUGCAGCUGUUUAUUGAAAAAAUAUAAAUGUCAGAAAAUACUUAAUUUGUUAUCCAUGCUUCAUUAUAUCUUCACUAUAUAGCUUGUUGAUAGUUUUAUUUACAUACAUUUGUGUCAUGAAAAUUUUGAUUUCAUUAGUUAAAUUAAAAAACUGUUUUAAUACAGCUCCUUGGCGUAGUUGCCUCACCUCGUUAUACUAAAUAAUCUCUCUGUACUGCCUUUCAGUUUCUUCAAGCAUUCUAACAAACUCGGUGAUUCAGAGCUUGUUCACAGAUAAAGUUUAUUGCUUAGUUCUAUUUCAUUAAUCUUAUACAUCUACAUACUUUUGUCAGCGUAUUUACAAUAAAUGCAUAAUUAAAAUGUAUUCUCAGGCUGCAUAAAUUUGCUUCAGGGCUGUAUGCAUCCUGUAGUCACCAGUUUGAGACCGCUGCCUUAGAUCAUUGUCAUCUUCUCAGUUAGAAAUGGUGCUGAUUUCAUUCAUGCAGGUAUUUUUAAGUCCUGCCAUUUUAAAUCUGAGCAUCAUAUAUCAAAAUUUGUGAUCAACAGCCUUAGGCAGAUCAUAUUUGAUAAGGCAGCAUGUGUCAGGAAUUGUUUUACAUUUUUUCCCAUUUUAGGACUUCAGUUUUUUGUCAUAUGGAAAUUUACAUUAAAUCAGUCAAUUAUUUAUCUUGUACUAAAUGAAAUUUAUCUGUUUGUAGUCAUUGAAAUAUCUGAAAUUUUAAUGCAUUUAGAUAGAAAACCAAACUUAGUCCCAAACAUAGUCUAGAGAUUUUAACCAUGACUGUCUUAGCUGUGCCCAUAUUAAAUGGCUUCUAUUGUGUUAAGAAAGAGAAAGUGAAUUACCCUGAAUCAAAAUCUUUGGUUUUAUACCAUGUAAAAAUUUUAUAUCAAAUUUUUAUUUCCAUAUAUAUCUUGUUUUCUGCAAAGGGGAAUUCUAGGAAACAAAAUCUUAUGUUUUAUACCUUGUAAAAAAUGUAUUCCAAAUUUUUAUAUACAUAUAUAUUUAAUAUACACUGCGGGGGGUGGAAAGGAACAGUUCUAUAUCUCCCGUUUCACUUGACCUAUUGUCGAAAUUCAACUUGCGUUUUUCAUGUCUCGAAAGCGCGACUCCAGAUAUGUAUUACAUUUAAAUAGCAUUGUUUUAAUAUAGGUAUUCUGACACAAAAUCGCACCUUUUCUGAAAUGUCAUGCCAAUUUGUUUCCCUAUUUCGAUUCUACGAGUCAAAUUAUGCCAGACUGCCAAUGGUCAAAUUAUGCAAGACCACCAGCGGCCGAGCGGUAAAGUUGCUGAACACUGGUAGUUCAGUCUGAGGUUCGAAUCCC